AUGAAGUUAACAGACGUCACCUUCACUGACUUCAACCUCACAACAGACGUCACCUUCACUGACUUCAACCUCACUACAGACGUCACCUUCACUGACUUCAACCUCACAACAGACGUCACCUUCACUGACUUCAACCUCACAACAGACGUCACCUUCACUGACUUCAGUCUCACAACAGACGUCACCUUCACUGACUUCAACCUCACUACAGACGUCACCUUCACUGACUUCAACCUCACAACAGACGUCACCUUCACUGACUUCAACCUCACAACAGACGUCACCUUCACUGACUUCAACCUCACUACAGACGUCACCUUCACUGACUUCAACCUCACUACAGACGUCACCUUCACUGACUUCAGCCUCACAACAGACGUCACCUUCACUGACUUCAGUCUCACAACAGACGUCACCUUCACUGACUUCAGCCUCACAACAGACGUCACCUUCACUGACUUCAACCUCACUACAGACGUCACCUUCACUGACUUCAGCCUCACAACAGACGUCACCUUCACUGACUUCAACCUCACAACAGACGUCACCUUCACUGACUUCAGUCUCACAACAGACGUCACCUUCACUGACUUCAGUCUCACAACAGACGUCACCUUCACUGACUUCAGUCUCACAACAGACGUCACCUUCACUGACUUCAGCCUCACUACAGACGUCACCUUCACUGACUUCAACCUCACAACAGACGUCACCUUCACUGACUUCAACCUCACAACAGACGUCACCUUCACUGACUUCAACCUCACUACAGACGUCACCUUCACUGACUUCAACCUCACUACAGACGUCACCUUCACUGACUUCAACCUCACUACAGACGUCACCUUCACUGACUUCAGCCUCACAACAGACGUCACCUUCACUGACUUCAACCUCACAACAGACGUCACCUUCACUGACUUCAGUCUCACAACAGACGUCACCUUCACUGACUUCAGCCUCACAACAGACGUCACCUUCACUGACUUCAGCCUCACAACAGACGUCACCUUCACUGACUUCAGCCUCACAACAGACGUCACCUUCACUGACUUCAGUCUCACAACAGACGUCACCUUCACUGACUUCAGUCUCACAACAGACGUCACCUUCACUGACUUCAGUCUCACAACAGACGUCACCUUCACUGACUUCAGUCUCACAACAGACGUCACCUUCACUGACUUCAGCCUCACAACAGACGUCACCUUCACCGACUUCAGUCUCACAACAGACGUCACCUUCACCGACUUCAACCUCACAACAGACGUCACCUUCACCGACUUCAGCCUCACAACAGACGUCACCUUCACUGACUUCAGUCUCACAACAGACGUCACCUUCACUGACUUCAGUCUCACAACAGACGUCACCUUCACCGACUUCAGCCUCACAACAGACGUCACCUUCAAGGCGCUAUACCCCCUCACAACAGACGUCACCUUCACCGACUUCAGCCUCACAACAGACGUCACCUUCACUGACUUCAGCCUCACAACAGACGUCACCUUCACUGACUUCAACCUCACUACAGACGUCACCUUCACUGACUUCAACCUCACUACAGACGUCACCUUCACUGACUUCAACCUCACUACAGACGUCACCUUCACUGACUUCAACCUCACUACAGACGUCACCUUCACCGACUUCAGCCUCACAACAGACGUCACCUUCACUGACUUCAACCUCACAACAGACGUCACCUUCACCGACUUCAACCUCACAACAGACGUCACCUUCACCGACUUCAACCUCACUACAGACGUCACCUUCACUGACUUCAGCCUCACAACAGACGUCACCUUCACUGACUUCAGCCUCACAACAGACGUCACCUUCACUGACUUCAGCCUCACAACAGACGUCACCUUCACCGACUUCAACCUCACUACAGACGUCACCUUCACUGACUUCAGCCUCACAACAGACGUCACCUUCACUGACUUCAGCCUCACAACAGACGUCACCUUCACUGACUUCAACCUCACAACAGACGUCACCUUCACUGACUUCAGUCUCACAACAGACGUCACCUUCACUGACUUCAACCUCACUACAGACGUCACCUUCACUGACUUCAACCUCACAACAGACGUCACCUUCACUGACUUCAACCUCACAACAGACGUCACCUUCACUGACUUCAGUCUCACAACAGACGUCACCUUCACUGACUUCAACCUCACUACAGACGUCACCUUCACUGACUUCAACCUCACAACAGACGUCACCUUCACUGACUUCAACCUCACAACAGACGUCACCUUCACCGACUUCAACCUCACUACAGACGUCACCUUCACUGACUUCAGCCUCACAACAGACGUCACCUUCACUGACUUCAGUCUCACAACAGACGUCACCUUCACUGACUUCAGCCUCACAACAGACGUCACCUUCACCGACUUCAGCCUCACAACAGACGUCACCUUCACCGACUUCAGCCUCACAACAGACGUCACCUUCACCGACUUCAACCUCACUACAGACGUCACCUUCACUGACUUCAGCCUCACAACAGACGUCACCUUCACUGACUUCAGUCUCACAACAGACGUCACCUUCACUGACUUCAGCCUCACAACAGACGUCACCUUCACCGACUUCAGCCUCACAACAGACGUCACCUUCACCGACUUCAACCUCACAACAGACGUCACCUUCACCGACUUCAGUCUCACAACAGACGUCACCUUCACUGACUUCAGCCUCACAACAGACGUCACCUUCACCGACUUCAGCCUCACAACAGACGUCACCUUCACCGACUUCAACCUCACAACAGACGUCACCUUCACCGACUUCAGUCUCACAACAGACGUCACCUUCACCGACUUCAACCUCACAACAGACGUCACCUUCACUGACUUCAGCCUCACAACAGACGUCACCUUCACCGACUUCAGUCUCACAACAGACGUCACCUUCACCGACUUCAACCUCACAACAGACGUCACCUUCACCGACUUCAGCCUCACAACAGACGUCACCUUCACUGACUUCAGUCUCACAACAGACGUCACCUUCACCGACUUCAGCCUCACAACAGACGUCACCUUCAAGGCGCUAUACCCCCUCACAACAGACGUCACCUUCACCGACUUCAGCCUCACAACAGACGUCACCUUCACUGACUUCAGCCUCACAACAGACGUCACCUUCACUGACUUCAGCCUCACAACAGACGUCACCUUCACUGACUUCAGCCUCACAACAGACGUCACCUUCACCGACUUCAGCCUCACAACAGACGUCACCUUCACCGACUUCAGCCUCACAACAGACGUCACCUUCACUGACUUCAACCUCACUACAGACGUCACCUUCACUGACUUCAACCUCACUACAGACGUCACCUUCACUGACUUCAACCUCACUACAGACGUCACCUUCACUGACUUCAACCUCACUACAGACGUCACCUUCACCGACUUCAGCCUCACAACAGACGUCACCUUCACUGACUUCAACCUCACUACAGACGUCACCUUCACUGACUUCAACCUCACAACAGACGUCACCUUCACUGACUUCAGCCUCACAACAGACGUCACCUUCACCGACUUCAACCUCACUACAGACGUCACCUUCACUGACUUCAGCCUCACAACAGACGUCACCUUCACUGACUUCAGCCUCACAACAGACGUCACCUUCACUGACUUCAACCUCACAACAGACGUCACCUUCACCGACUUCAACCUCACAACAGACGUCACCUUCACCGACUUCAACCUCACUACAGACGUCACCUUCACUGACUUCAGCCUCACAACAGACGUCACCUUCACUGACUUCAGCCUCACAACAGACGUCACCUUCACUGACUUCAGCCUCACAACAGACGUCACCUUCACCGACUUCAACCUCACUACAGACGUCACCUUCACCGACUUCAGCCUCACAACAGACGUCACCUUCACUGACUUCAGCCUCACAACAGACGUCACCUUCACUGACUUCAACCUCACAACAGACGUCACCUUCACUGACUUCAGUCUCACAACAGACGUCACCUUCACUGACUUCAACCUCACUACAGACGUCACCUUCACUGACUUCAACCUCACAACAGACGUCACCUUCACUGACUUCAACCUCACAACAGACGUCACCUUCACUGACUUCAACCUCACAACAGACGUCACCUUCACCGACUUCAACCUCACUACAGACGUCACCUUCACUGACUUCAGUCUCACAACAGACGUCACCUUCACUGACUUCAGCCUCACAACAGACGUCACCUUCACCGACUUCAGCCUCACAACAGACGUCACCUUCACCGACUUCAGCCUCACAACAGACGUCACCUUCACUGACUUCAGCCUCACAACAGACGUCACCUUCACUGACUUCAACCUCACAACAGACGUCACCUUCACCGACUUCAGCCUCACAACAGACGUCACCUUCACCGACUUCAGUCUCACAACAGACGUCACCUUCACUGACUUCAACCUCACAACAGACGUCACCUUCACUGACUUCAACCUCACAACAGACCAGCCUCGGCCUCCGCCACAUUCUUCCACAUUUUUAACGCGGAUUUUAUACUUUUUAUUUACUUUCUGCGGCUCCAGCGCGACACACCGGGACCUCACACCCUCCCGCGACAUGGACACUGAUCAUGUGAACGGUAACGGCACAGAGGAGCCCAUGGACACGGCGGCGUGUGAGCGGUCUGAGAGUUUUCCCGCUUUGCUGGAGGCCGGACUUCCUCAGUCUGUGGCCGAGAAACUGGACGAGCUCUAUGUGGCAGGUCUGGUGGAUCACAGUGAGCUGGAUGAACGAGCCAUCGAAGCUCUGAAGGAGUUCAACGAAGAAGGUGCUCUGCAAGUUCUGCUGCAGUUUAAGGAGAGCGACCUUUCCCACGUCCAGAACAAGAGUGCGUUCCUGUGUGGUGUGAUGAAGACAUUCCGACACAGAGAGAAGAGUGGGACAAAAGUCUCGGACACAAACAAAGGUCCAGACGAAGCAAAGGUCAAAGAGCUACUGCAGCGAACAGGCUACAGUCUGGACGUCACCACAGGACAGAGGAAGUACGGGGGUCCCCCACCCGAGGGGGUCUACGCCUGCGCCCAGCCGCCUGCAGGGACUGAGAUCUUCGUAGGAAAGAUUCCUCGGGACCUGUUCGAAGACGAGCUGGUGCCUCUGUUUGAGAAGGCAGGUCUGAUCUGGGACAUGAGGCUCAUGAUGAUGCCUCUCAGCGGCAUCAACCGCGGAUACGCCUUUGUCACAUUCUGCACCAAAGAGGGCGCUAUGGAGGCAGUGCGGCUGUACAAUAACUUCGAGAUCCGGCCGGGGAAACACAUCGGCGUCUGCAUCUCUGUGGCCAACAACCGUCUGUUUGUGGGUUCAAUUCCCAAGAGCAAAACCAAAGAGCAGAUCCAGGAGGAGUUCGUGAAGGUCACAGAGGGCCUCACAGACGUCAUCCUCUACCACCAGCCGGACGAUAAGAAGAAAAACCGUGGCUUCUGCUUCCUGGAGUUUGAGGACCACAAGUCUGCAGCUCAGGCUCGACGACGCCUGUUGAGCGGGAAGCUGAAGGUGUGGAACAACGUGACGGUGACGGUGGAGUGGGCCGACCCCAUCGAGAACCCAGACCCUGAGGUCAUGUCCAAGGUGAAGGUUCUCUUUGUGAGGAACUUGGCGAAUGGUGUGACAGAGGAGGCCCUGGAGUCUGCGUUCGGAGAGUUCGGGAAACUGGAGCGAGUCAAGAAACUCAAAGACUACGCCUUCAUCCACUUUGAGGAGCGGGAUGGGGCUGUCAAGGCCCUGGAGGAGAUGAAUGGCAAAGAGCUGGAGGGAGAACAGAUAGAGAUAGUUUUUGCUAAACCUCCAGAUCAGAAGAGGAAGGAGCGUAAAGCUCAGAGACAAGCAGCAAAGACACAGAUGUAUGAUGACUUCUACUACUACCCACCUCCUCACCACAUGGCCCCUUCCUCCAGGGGACGUGGCCGCGGUGGUUCUCGCGGUGGCUAUGGUUACCCUCAGGACUUCUACGGUUACGACGACUACGAUUAUUAUUACGACUACAACAGCGGUUACCGCGGUUACGACGACUACUCCUACGGCUACGACGAUUUCCAGUCUCCGCCCAGAGGCCGUGGGCUGCGCUCUAGGGGCGGAGCUUCACCUGCCAGAGGGAGGGGCAUGUCAGCAGGACCGCCCAGAGCCAGGGCGGGCUUCCAGCAGAGAGGGGCAGGGCCUCGCGGGCGUGGAGCUCCUAGGGGAGUGCCCCCCAGAGGCCGAGGCGCGGUACGUGGUGUGCGCGGCGUUCGCGGUGCGAAUGUCAGCGGCAAACGUAAAGCCGAUGGCUACAACCAGCCAGAUUCAAAACGAAGGCAGACCCAGAACUGGGGCUCUACGCCCAUCGCACAGCAGCCGCUGCACGAGCACUACCAGGGCUACAAGUCCGAGCAGCAGGAGUUCUAUCAGGACUCGUUUGGGCAGCAGUGGAAGUGA